AUGAUCUCCCGCAUAACUCUCCUCUCCCCAGUUCAAUCCCUCCUCACAGCCCUAACAUCCUCCCCUACAUCACCAGCCUAUAUAUCCACCAUCCUGUCCACCUUCACAAUCGAACCACCCCCGUUUAUCCACGAACAUGGUCUCCUCCAACUAGCCCCCUUCCUCGGCCGCACCUUCACCGGCACCGACGGUAUAGCCCGGUACUUCGAGCUACUAGCCGAGUCCCUCUCCAUCAGCAAUAUGACCUUCGAGCCCGAAGAGACCUGGUUAGUGGAUGAUGACUGCAUGGCCGUUGUGUUGCGGGGACGCGCACGGUUUAGGUGGAAGCGUACCGGGCAGGGGUGGGAAGAGACGUUCAUCUACCGGGUUGCGCUUGCGGAGGAGAGAGGUGGGGAUAUUGGUAGUGGUGGUGGUGUGGACAUGGCGAGGGCGGGAGCCAGUCCCUCUUCUCCUGCUACUGCCAGUGAUGAUUCUCGGGGGAAAGGCAACCUGAAGGUCGUCGAGUAUCAAGUCUGGGCGGAUACCGGUGCUGCGUAUUUAGCUCGGAUGGGAAAGUUGGGGGAUUUGAUGGGGGAGAAGGGUGGGGUGGAAGGGAUUUAUUUUGCGAGGGAGGAUGGGGAGGGGGACGUGGCUGUUGGAGAUAAGGAGAUGGAGGCGAGGAAGAUGGAAGGGAGGGAGACGCAGAGUUCCUUGAAUCGGAAGAAGAGUGGGCAUCAGGAUAUUCUGGGGUCUGGGUUGAAUGUUUAUGGGAGUUGUGGGUGA